AUACCGGAUUAGUUACAUUCAUUUAUGUACAUCUCAUAUCUACUUUAUUUCUAGCUUAAACAUCGGAUUAACCACAUAUAUCCACACCAGAGUCUGGUAAUCACAUCACAUCAUCAACACAUUCUUGUAUGAAUCUCACUGCCAAAUCCUCAAUGAUGCCUACUCGAUUCAAAUCCAUGGAUUUUUUCAGAAAAAUCCCCAGGGAUUUAACAGAAGCAUCAGUAUCAGGUGCUGGAAUGUCCAUAGCGGCAGCUUUCUUCAUGAUAUUCUUAUUUGGAAUGGAACUAAAUAACUAUUUGAUGACUACUACCUCUACAUCAGUUAUUGUGGACAAUAGUCGUGAUGGAGAUCACUUACGCAUUAAUUUUAAUGUAAGUUUUCCAGCACUGUCUUGUGAAUUUGCAUCUGUCAACGUGAAUGAUGUCCUGGGAACAAACAGGUUGAACAUAACCAAGGAGGUUCAUAAAACUCCAAUAGAUACAGAUCUCAAAGCUUCGGGUUCAGGAUAUUCUACUGGACCACUUUUGAAAGUUAUUAGGCAUGACGCUGAAAUUGAUGUAGAAUACACUGAAGGUGCUGUUUCACUGAAUGCACAUAAUUUCGAGAGAGCUUCUCAUCUGUAUUCGAUUUUGGUUGUAAAUUUCUUUGCUCCAUGGUGCUCUUGGAGUAAGCGCCUGAGACCUUCAUGGGAGAGAGCUGCAAAAAUCAUGAGAGAAAGAUAUGACCCUGACGUGGAUGGACGCAUUCUAGUGGCGAAGGUUGAUUGCACAGAAGAAGCUGAAUUGUGUAAAAGGCAUAACAUACAAGGCUAUCCCUCUAUUCGCAUAUUCCGUAAAGGGAGUAAUAUGAGGGAGCCCGAAUCUUACUAUGGAGAUCGUGAUACUGAUAGCCUAAUUACUACAAUGGAAGAUUUAGUUGCACCCAUCUCUGCGGACGCUCAGAAGAUUAUUUUUGACUUGUCUAAACAUCCUGCACCAUCAACAGGAGGAUGUAGACUUGAGGGCUUUGUACAUGUCAAAAAGGUUCCUGGAAACCUUGUGGUAUCAGCUCGUUCCCCGGCCCACUCCUUUGAUGCUACUAGGAUGAACAUGUCCCAUACGAUUUCCCGCUUCUCAUUUGGUAAGAAAAUCACUGCAGAAGGGUUUAAUGAUUUCAAACGGGUACUACCUUAUCUUGGUCGAAGCCAUGAAAGGUUGAAUAAGCAGUCUUAUAUUACUGACCGAGGGAAUGCAACUGCUGUAAAUGUAACUAUAGAGCAUUAUCUUCAGGUUGUCAAAACGGAGGUACUGACAAGAGCUCAUAAAGUAGUUGAGGACUAUGAGUACACAGCUCAUAGUAGUUUAGUACAUAGCCCUGCGCUCCCUGUUGCGAAGUUUCAUUAUGAAAUAUCUCCGAUGCAGGUACGGAUUGAAGAGGUUAAGAAGUCUUUUCCACACUUCCUCACUAAUCUUUGUGCCAUCAUAGGCGGUGUUUUCACGGUUGCGGGGAUACUGGAUUCUAUUCUUCACAAUACUAUACGGCUGAUUAAAAAGGUUGAAUUAGGCAAGAAUUUCUGAUAGGAAGCAGUUAGGCUUACUCAUUGAGUACGAUAUCCAUGUAACCGAUAUAAUUGUCUCUGUAUACAAGUUAUCAGAAUACAGAAAAUUACAGUCCUCUCUGCUUUAGAAAUGACAUGUA